AGACCUUCAACUGCAGCUCGGGUGAAGCGGCAGCCAUUUCUCGGGGAGGGGGAGCUCCAGCUCUUGCAGCCGUAGAACUAGCAGAGUAACAAAGAUGGAUGCAGAUGGUAGCUCCAAGAGAAGUCGCCCAGUUCGUCGCGCCGUGAAGGUAGUUCACCAGUUUUAAUUUCUGCUCGCAAUGGUUCAGCGAAUUAUCAAGAAGAAGGUGUCAGCGGUGUCUUUAAGGUAUUUUCGCCAACUGUGUUACAGUGACCGUUACCGCAACACAUUCUUCUCUUUCAGGCCACAACAGGAAGAACCAAAACCAAUCGAUGAACAGUUGAUGAAAAUACUGAGGACUCGUCAGGCGCCUGUAAACAUUGUGCCAAAAACAAAAGACGAGCGCUCAACACAGAAACCCCCCUCGACACCACCUUCUGCAGAUCUUGUCAGCUUGUUGCCAGCGCAAUCAGGAGUGCACAAGCAAAAUCAAUCAAAGCCACUCCAAAUCCCCAGAUCCUUUCCCGUUGCUAUUAAUUCAGGAAAGUUUGAUAGCGAAGAGAGCGGAGAUGACGACGACGACGAUGACGACAACGAUAAUGACAAUGUUGAGUUGCAGGAGACUCAGCCAAGUUCAAUUGAAUGCGAAGCUUCAACAUGUCCAGCAGAGGAGCUUCAUUUGCUCCAGGAAGAACAAGAUAGCAAAGAAAGAAUAUUCCUCUUCCAGCUCCCAAAAUCUCUUCCUUUGCCCAGAAGGUCAUCCAAUAUAGUUGAAACGAAAGGAAAAGCCACUGGCAAGGAGGUGAAGGAAGGAUCCAACCUUCAGCAGCUGCCUCAGGGUUAUUUGGGCAAAAUGCUGGUAUACAAAAGCGGCAAGGUCAAAAUGAAGUUAGGGGACGUCUUGUUUGAUGUGAAUCCAGGAGCAGAGAGUAGGAUGCCACAACAUGUAGUAGCUCUGAACACUCGAGAAAAACAUUGUUGCUUACUUGGGGAGAUUGAGAAUCGGCAUGUCAUUGUGACUCCGGAUGUUGAUUCUUUGCUGAAUGACAAGUAGAGGUUAGGUUGUGAUAUGUAGCAACUUCGUUACAUAUGGUGUGUAUGGUAGGCUUGUAGUUGUGCAGGGUUAGGUUUUGAUCUGUAGCAAUUGUAUCAACCUUGUCAAGUGGUGUGUAGGCUUUCAGUUGUGCAUGAUUGUGUGCAGUUUAUUGUGAUUGUACUAGAUUAGUCUUAGAACUGCUUCUCGCAGUCAAUGAAUGUCUGUAAUAAUUUACGUUUCAGCUUCGUAGAAUCGGAAGAAGUAAAAAUCAGAUCAUCUUAUCUCA